GCUGAUUUAUACACGAUGUCACAGUAGUCAAGUAGAGGCAGUAUGGUAGCUUUUAUCAAUUCCAAAAGGUGUACCGUCUCAUCUCAUGGAUCACAUAAGGCAAGGGGAUUUACUCACGUGCUGCUGCAGCAAACAAUGCCAGUGUUUCACAUGAAUUGCAAAACAUGUACGUAUGCAUUUUGUACUUCUGUCGCACCUUACGUAGUCCAACCGUGCUAAUCGGAGGUGCGGGGGAAGGACAGCAAACUCGGCACAAAAAGCAGUUCUAAAGAAAUGCGUUUUCAAUAUAUAAAACAUUUACAGAGGCCAUCACGGUGUCUUAUUAAGAUGCAUUUGCUUCCUGACAUGUUUAUAUGCUUAAAUACACAGCUUACAACUUCCAUCAGCUGUCUCAUCAGCAGAGCCGAGUAAGUUAAACAAAUACUGCUGGGUUGUCAGAUGUCAUUUGCAAGGUACGCCACCUUCACAAUGGGGCCCUGCCAGCACAAAUCAGUUGUGAAUAAAAACUCGUUAUGCUCUGUUGUGAAUCAUUAUUGGUAAUACAUAAGGAAUACGUAAUUACUCAAUACUCAUUAUAAAAACAAUGUUGAAUUGGUAAAUUAUAUCUUGGCAUGUUAAUGGCUACAAAAAGUUGGGGGCACGUUUGCAGUGCAGUUCGCUGUUUAAUUCAGUGCACAACACAGAUGGGCUUAAGUUUUUUUAGACACCCACUCGGCGAUGAUGCGGCGAUGAUGUCCAAUGGGGAUUCGAUACAUUUACAUCAUAAAUGCUGCGUUGGCACACGCUGUGUCAACUCCGCACCCACCGACAACCCAGGCACUCUUACUUAAUAUCCUCACUUCCCUUCACUCGGCCUCUUUUUUCACAGCAGGCUCGGCGUGAGACAGACGGAGCAGAACAUUGCCGAUCCAUUGAUUACUGUAUUGGUUUGUGUUUGCACAAAAGUGUCGACAGGUAGAGUGAGAGUGACGCACGUGCGGCCAGGAUGAAGGAUGAACAGCCCGGCGAGGCGGACGGGGUGCUCAGCGAUGGAGUCAGCAGCUACAACAGCCUCGACUCUCCGCAGCGGUCGCAGCCGGAGCCGCACGAGAGCAGCGACGCCCCCGCCGAGAUGUCCACCUACUUCGACGACAAGAUCCCCGUGCCGGACGCUGGCGCUGGCACGUUCAGCUUCCGGAAGCUGUGGGCCUUUACGGGUCCAGGGUUUCUCAUGAGCAUCGCUUACCUGGACCCGGGCAACAUCGAGUCGGACCUGCAGUCGGGAGCCAAGGCCGGGUUCAAGCUGCUGUGGGUGCUGCUGACGUCUACCAUACUGGGCUUGCUUCUGCAGCGCCUCGCCGCGCGGCUGGGGGUCGUGACGGGUAUGCACCUCGCUGAGGUGUGCAACCGCAACUACCCCAAGAUCCCUCGCAUCAUCCUCUGGCUCAUGGUUGAACUGGCCAUCAUCGGCUCGGACAUGCAGGAGGUCAUCGGCUCGGCUAUCGCCAUCAACCUCCUCUCCAAUGGCGCGGUUCCCCUGUACGGCGGGGUGCUCAUCACCAUCGCCGACACCUUCGUAUUCCUGUUCCUUGACAAAUACGGACUGCGGAAGCUGGAAGCGUUUUUCGCCGUGCUCAUCACCACCAUGGCCAUCACGUUUGGGUAUCAGUACGUGAUGGUGGCCCCGGACCAGCGCGAGCUGCUCAAGGGGAUGUUCUUCCCGUACUGCGAGGGCUGUGGCACCCCACAGCUCGAGCAGGCAGUGGGCAUCGUGGGUGCUGUCAUCAUGCCACAUAACAUCUACCUGCACUCGGCCCUUGUCAAGUCGCGAGCCAUCGAUCGCUCCAAGCGUCAGGAGGUGCGUGACGCCAACAUGUACUACUUCAUCGAGGCCUCCGUCGCCCUCUUCGUGUCCUUCCUCAUCAACGUGUUCGUGGUGUCCGUGUUUGCCGAGGCCUUCUUCGGGAAAACCAACAACGACGUGCGCACGGUGUGCUUGGAUCACCACAGCCCCCACGCGGACAUGUUCAGCAACGACUCGAACACGCUGCAAGUGGACAUCUACAAGGGGGGCAUCGUGCUGGGCUGUUACUUCGGCCCCGCGGCGCUCUACAUCUGGGCUGUGGGAAUCCUGGCGGCCGGUCAGAGCUCCACCAUGACUGGCACCUACUCCGGGCAGUUCGUCAUGGAGGGGUUCCUCGACCUCCAGUGGUCGCGGUUCCGGCGCACGCUGGUGACGCGAUCCAUCGCCAUUUUCCCCACACUGCUCGUCGCCAUCUUCCAAGACGUGCAACACCUGACGGGCAUGAACGACUUCCUCAACGUGCUGCAGAGCCUGCAGCUGCCUUUCGCCCUCGUCCCCAUCCUGACAUUCACCAGCUCCAAGAGCCUCAUGGAGGAGUUCACCAAUAAUAUGUUCUGGAAGGUGGGCGGCGGCAUAGUGGUGCUUCUCGUGUGCUCCAUCAACCUCUACUUCGUGGUGGUGUACGUCAGCGCCCUGGGCCACGUGGCACUCUACGUCGUCGCCUCCAUCAUCGCCGCCCUUUACAUCGCCUUCAUCGCCUACCUGGUGUGGCAGUGCCUGCUGGUGCUCGGCGUGCAGCCAUGCGGUGGCUGUGCCGCGCUGCGUCGCUACAGCGCCAUGGAGGCUCUGCUGAUGGACGAUCGCAGCGCGGACGAGUGGCCUACCCAGGACGAGCGGCAACCUGACGACAGCCGGCUUCUACAGGAUGAUGGCCUGGAGGAGGACAGGCGCUCUCUUGUUGACCACCCGGAGCAUUAGUCGGAACGCCAACACCUCGGGAGGGCAAUUCCAACUGCGCUGCAGGACGGCGACCUAGAAGAAAGCCGUUCGGACUGGCGCCGCCACCACCGCCACCACCGCCACCACCGCCGGCGCUCUCAUCCUCCUGCUGCUUUUCUGGCUGUGGCGGCGACGGCUCGUGCACAUGGCACCGCCAUGGCCGUUGCGUGGUCCGAGUGCUCGCUUGUUGCUGGUGGAGGCCGUUAUUACCUGGUGCUAAGCAAAGGGGUGGGGAACCUUUUCCUUCCUGAGAGCCGAAGAGUACAUUGAAAUACCUUUGAAGGGCCACGCAAUUAGUUAUCGGACUAUUGCAUUGACAGUGUGACUUUAACUAUUUGAUAGACAGCACGUGACUCGAUCGCCCAAAAAUUAGUAACGUGCUGUUUGGCAGGUUGAAAAUAGUACCCUCAAGUACUCAAUUAGUGUGGCCAAGAAUGAUCGCAGGGAUGGAUAAAUAUCAUUUUCGGGCCGUUGUUAAGCGGCAGGCUUCAUGUGGCCGCAAGUCGUAUGCAUUGGAGUCGCGGGCUGCAUUUGGCGAAUGGGGCCGUAUGUUCUCCACCCCGGCCCUAAUCGACGGGAGACGCAGUGCCGUCGUGGGACGCGUCGAGGUGGCCGAGCUGUCGACCAUUCAGAACUCUCGAGCGCCCACCUCGCUUCAUGUAGCGUGCUCUCGUGUGGGCGUGUUUUUUUAAAUCGUAACUAAAACUUUUUUAAGGUUCUUGAAGCACAAUCGGAGGGUGUUUGCUGGUGUGCGCACUCGACCUGUGGGGCGACCUGCGGUCCUGGCUCCACAAUGCUUUGCAGCCAGGAACGGUAAUCGGGGCUUAAUUUCAACAGAGUCUUAUCAGGUCAGCAACCCAGAAAAUAUUCUGUGAGAAGUUAAGCCCCGAACAUGAGCAUUCCACAUGUGCUUCUCCGUCUGUUAUGUGGCCAAAGGGUUGACCGCCGCUUCCUUUUUCCCCAAUGUCCAUUAGUUGCCAUUUGUCUUUGCCUGUCCGUUGGGGUCCCUCUGUCAAGGGUUUUCUCAGUGAGUUCCCUCCUUUAAGAAGGACUCAUUUUUAUAAACUCCGGGAAGGAUGGUGAGCCCAGUUGACUCUUGACCCAGCUUUUCCCUUGCGACUUUUCUGUUUGUGAGUCGAGCGCGCUGAUCACUGUGCUGCCCAGACUGAGCGUACCAACGUCAACAAUGCAUAUCACCAUAAUCCUCUUUGGAAAUCAUCGAUCCACUGCUGGGUAAUGUCUUUCAGAAACCGUCGCUGUCACGCGAUCCAUCGACCCAUCGAGCUCCUUCGCACAAGCCUCCCAUGCGGACGUCCUCUGAGACGUGUCCCCUCCUUUGCUACCACGCAUUUAUCGUAUACGAAAAACAUUAAGUAAUAGCUACUUAAACUUUGGAGGGUUAAGUUGGUGGGUUGUGCGCCGUGCCCUCUUUCACAGGUGCUCGCUAACAGCACUUGCCCCAACAGUCUGCUAAGGCUGUACCGGGGAUCUUUGUCUUUUAUAGGAGGGGGGGGCAGUACCAUUGUUGUUUAGGUGCGAGUGCGGCAGAGCCGCUUGCGCCAUGUGGCUGCACCGAGACGCGAAGUGCCGUGAUCCGCCGAUCGGAGAGCGUGUUUUGGUCGCACCUGAAGCCGUGGGCAGGACCUGGUGGGCAACAUGGGUGGGUGUGUGUAUAUAUGCGCACGUGAUAGGUAGAUGUAGAGGGGAGCGGUAGUGUCGAGGUUAUCGUGCUGCGCUCCGAACCCGGCGACCUGAGUUUGAUUCCCGCUCAUAGCCACCGCGAGUGACGAUUAUCUGAACUGGUCCUGGGAC